AACAAAACAAAUGAUUAUUUUCAUUGAUACGCAUUAUUGACAAUUUUCAUUCGUUUCCUAUUUCUUUUAAUCAAAACUCGAAUACACCCACUCAUUUUUAUAUUUUCUAAUUGUCAAUUGUUAUAAUUCAUUCAUCACUUUGGAAAUCUGUAUCAUUCGUAUUUGUUUUCCAACAAGCUGUGAGAAAAAACAUGGGCGAACUAUACGAAGAGAUUCGACUUUAUCGUACGGCACGUGAACGUGAACAUUACGAUAAUAUGGCCGAUCUUUAUUCGGUGAUUAAUACAUUGAAUUGUUUGGAAAAAGCAUACAUCAAAGAUUCGAUUACAUCGAAAGAAUAUACGGCUACAUGUUCGAAAUUACUCGUACAAUUCAAUGUUGCAUUCAAUCAGGUGAAAUCGGAUGAAUUUCCAACAAUCGAAACAUUUAUGAGUAAAUUCCGUUUCGAUUGUCCAGCUGCAUUGGAACGUAUACGUGAAGGAAGGCCAAUUACGAUUAAGGAUGAUAAAGGCAAUACCUCAAAAUGUAUUGCUGAUAUUGUAUCGCUAUUCAUAACAAUUACUGAUCGUUUACGUUUAAAUAUGAAAUCUAUGGAUGAGUUACAACCCGAUAUCAAAGAUUUAUACGAUACAAUGAAUCGUUUGACAUUGUUGCCACAGAAUUUUGAAGGAAAAAUGAAAAUCAAAGAAUGGCUAGAUAAAUUGUCAUCGAUGCGUGCCAGUGAGGAAUUGAAUGAGGAACAAGUACGACAAUUAAUUUUCGAUAUGGAAUCAUCAUACAAUGCUUUCAACAAAAUUCUACAUAAUUCUUAGAAGUUUUCUUUUCAUUUGUUCUAAAUCUAAAUAAUUUUACUUUGCCCUGCUUUCACCACAAACAAUUAAUUAAUCAGUUUUUUAAAAGUAUAAAUAAACCACACAAUUUCUUGAA